CGUAACCGACGUAACACAUUGGCUUUAUCAGUAAAGCUACACAAACUAACGGGCAAAGAGGCGCGUUGAACUCUAGGUUUCUGACUCCGGGGCGAUUUACUUUCCAAAUGCGGCGCCGGUUUAAUAAAAGGUGCGGAGGGAAACGUUUUAUUAUGUGACUCAAAGAAGCAGUUUGGCUUGUAGCGGUAGCUUAAACUAGGCGGUAGCUAGAAUGCUAAUGUCCACCCCGGGCCAAUAGCAGGAGCCGCUGUUAGCUAACGGAAACGGUAUGUCCGCUGACCCAGCGGCUGCCAGCUGGAGUAGAAGCUGCCGCUUCUUUCGCCUUAUUUACUACGCAUGCAAGUUGUCCUAUUAGGUUUCUGGUUUAAUUUAUUGGAAACAGUGAAAACUCAUUUUCUACGCCGUUCUUUUACUGCGUGGAAUAAUAAAAUUAUUCCAGAAUGGGAAUGUGCUUACCGUGCCUUGGUGGAGCCGCGGACGACGUUGUUGUCACCCCGGAUCCUGAGACGAGGAGACAACAAUUGGCUGAAGCCGCUGAGAAGAGACAAAAAGAGACAGCGUACAGGGGUGUCAAAAAUCCAGAAGCAGUUGAAAGGAAAAGAAAGAAACAGGAAGAAAUUGAGAAACAGACGAUGACCACGUCUGUGUCUGGUGGUGGUGGACUGAAGUGGCAGGUUGGAUGAAGUUCCUGAUGGAGAAGUUGGACUUAAAAUGUCCAAAUCUAGUCUGUCUGCUGGAUUACUUGAAAAAGUUGGAACUGCUGCCCAGUUGAACUUUUUUUUUUUUUUUUUUUUUUUUUUUGCUUGAUUGUUUGUUACAAGCAUUGAUAGUCAUCAUAUCAGUCAGAAAACUAAACCAUAUUUGCCAAGUUAUUAAGGACAGGUUAGGACGUUUGAACAGGUUGAGGAUGAGACAUUACUAUUCAAUCUUCUGAUUAAACAUGGCAAUAUUAGUAACAACAAUACCUGCGAUUAAACAGGGCUCAUCAUUUAAAGAAAACGAGUCAUCAGUUUUAGAGAUCGUAGUUUAUUUUUUGUAAUUUUCUUCUGUAAUUAAGAUGUUUUUUUUCCCCUCAGUCCUGAAGAAGGUUUAGGUCAGAGCUUCUUGGUAACAUAAUAACUUGCGCAAACGCGAGUCUAUAAAAGCUGAGCUGUGUGUAUUUGGUGACUUGGGCAUGUUGGUGACAUUCACAGUGGAUAGGCCACUGACAGACAUCACCUUUCUGUUAAGGAACACAAUUCACGAUGUGUUGGACUUUUUAAUUUCAUUUUUUGCACUGGAUUGUGGGGACAAACAUGUUUUCAACUCUGCUGAUGACAUGAUUUAGUUGAACACUUCAGUUGUUCUGCUGACCACAUUCAGCCACGAUCUGAUGAUAUGCAUCAAUGACAAACAGGCCAAAAUAUUUCCAGACCAGGCUCGCCCUCAUCACCCUUGUGCAUGUGACCUACGGCACUUUAUAAAUCAGUGAUAAUCCUGCUCUUUUGCACUGGUUGAAUUUCUUCAUUUGAAUUUAACUGUAAAGCACUAAUAUGAUUUGGUUUAAUUUAAGAACUAGUAUUACUGUUUGUUGAAUGAAUAUGCCACAACUCAUAAUUCUUCAGUAAUUUAUUUUCUUCUUUCACAGUUUUUUGGAGACUGCAGCUUUGCCUUUGUACUCUCACAUAUGGUGCUGGAUGACAAUGUAGUGAAUAUUCUUCAAAGUGCUUAACUUAACUGAGAUCUUUUCUUAAAACUGCAUGAUCCUCAAAAGCUUCUGGUGCUCUUGCCAUUUUGUAGGAGAAAGAGUAUAGCCAAUGGUGUUGCUACAGUUAAUAAAGCACAUUUCUGUUA